UGUCUUCACGGAAACCAGGAAACAGAUACAAUUAUGACGAUCUUAAGAAUAAGAAAAAUGAGCUUCAUGCGCGUCUGGACGUUUCCCGUGAUUGUGGCCGUGGUGUGCGCGCAAAGUGUCAAUGAUCCAAGCAAUAUGUCACUCGUGAAAGAAACCGUUGAUAGACUAUUGAAAGGAUAUGACAUUCGCUUGAGGCCAGAUUUUGGAGGUCCUCCGGUGGGAGUAGGGAUGAAUAUAGAUAUAGCCAGCAUAGACAUGGUGUCAGAAGUGAAUAUGGACUACACAUUGACUAUGUAUUUCCAGCAAGCGUGGCGAGACAAGCGUCUGUCUUAUUCCGAGAUUCCUCUUAACCUGACGCUGGAUAACAGAGUGGCCGAUCAGCUGUGGGUGCCGGACACGUACUUCCUGAAUGACAAGAAAUCUUUUGUUCACGGUGUGACGGUGAAGAACAGAAUGAUCCGGCUCCAUCCAGACGGCACUGUGCUUUAUAGCCUCAGGAUCACGACCACUGCAGCCUGCAUGAUGGACCUGCGCAGAUACCCACUGGACGAGCAGAACUGCACACUGGAAAUCGAGAGCUAUGGCUACACCACAGAUGAUAUUGAGUUUUACUGGCGAGGUGGAAACCAUGCAGUAACAGGAGUUGAGAGGAUAGAGCUCCCACAGUUCUCCAUCGUGGACUACAAACUCAUCUCCAAGAAUGUGGUAUUCUCUACAGGUUCCUACCCUCGUCUCUCCCUGAGCUUCAAGCUUAAGAGAAACAUUGGCUACUUCAUUCUGCAGACCUACAUGCCUUCCAUUCUGAUCACAAUCCUGUCCUGGGUGUCCUUCUGGAUCAACUAUGAUGCAUCUGCUGCCAGGGUUGCUUUAGGGAUCACCACUGUACUCACUAUGACCACCAUCAACACACACUUGCGGGAAACUCUUCCAAAGAUCCCGUACGUCAAAGCCAUCGACAUGUACCUGAUGGGCUGUUUCGUCUUUGUUUUCCUGGCUCUUCUGGAGUAUGCGCUUGUCAACUACAUCUUCUUUGGCAGGGGACCUCAGCGGCAGAAAAAAGCAGCGGAGAAAGCCAUCACAGCCAACAAUGAGAAAAUGAGAUUGGAUCCCAACAAAUGGUUGAUGGGAAAUGUAGUUGAGAGAGACGAUACUCUAUAUGCCAGAAUGAAACAGAGGGAUAUUGACGCACAUGACUCCAUGUGGGAACCAAUCUUUGUGGACGAUGCAGCAUUAGGACUAGGCGAUUCAAAAAAUAAGAUGGACCCCCAUGAAAACAUUCUUCUCAGUCCUCUAGAGAUCAAGAAUGAAAUUGGCACAUCAGAGUUGUCCCUGGGUUUAGGCGACCCCCGAGCAACCAUGCUAGCCUAUGACAGCACCACGCUGCAGUAUCGCAAAGCCGGCCUGGCCAGAAACAACUUUGGACGCAAUGCACUGGAACACCAUGUUGCUCAGAAGAAGAGCCGAAUACGACGGCGUGCUUCACAGCUCAAAAUCACCAUCCCUGAUUUAACUGACGUAAAUUCAAUCGACAAGUGGUCAAGAAUGAUCUUCCCCACCGUAUUUUCUUUCUUCAACGUCGUCUAUUGGCUUUACUAUGUCAACUAACUGGAUACUGGUGCCAUCUGAGGAAUGCCACUUAAUUUUAUGUCAGUAUAUUCUUCCAUUUCCUGCCGACUGGUUUUGCAAUAUAAGCGGGACUUAUGUUGACAGAUGAAAAUCAGGACUAAUUCUGUUUACCUUUGACCUUGGAUUCACCUUAAUUGCUGGCUGACACUGAUAGUCUAAUGAGGAUAAAUCAAAUGAUGCAUGUUUCAAAAAUAGCAUUUUUUUUUUUUUUUUUUUUUAUGUUGUAGUGGACUUUUACGGACAGAAACCUCAAAGUCUUACUACAAAAAAAUCUUUCAACUUCUCGGUUCUUUCCCUUACAAAAAAGGCACUUGACAUCUCUAUGGUAGUGAUUCUCAAAUCUCGUUCACUUUCACAGAUAAAAAAAAAAAAACAACGUUUUUUUCCCUUAAGCCUUGUGUAUAAUUUUGCCUGGAACCGCAGCGCGUCCUGUGCGUGCAGCUCUUGGCAGCCCAAGACGUUUAUUCGGCGUCAGGUGUGCUCACUGUGUCGCGUGUAUGUAAACAAAGACGUUUUUUUUGCAUGCGCAGCAGAUUCAAUGGGAGAAAAGGUGAAUUAACACUUACAUUUCAGUCUGUUCCUCACACAACACUAUGGUAUGGCUUCAGAAGUAUUUAAAUAUCAGCACGAGUGAUAUGGAUGACUUUAAUGGUGCUUUUAUGUGCUUUUGCAGCUUGACAGUCACAAUCACAAUUCUCUUAUUAAUCUUGUGUUUCACGGAUUAAAAAUAUCAUACCGGUUUUGAACGACAAGGGUGAAUCAAAGAUGGCAGAAUUUUUAAAUUUUGUGUAAGCUAUUAAAUAAUAACAUUGCUUCUAGAACAGCAUCACUUUUUAUUUAUUCUAUUUUUUGGAUGUUUUAAAAGUGUACAUGCAUAAUACAGUUUUAUGCAUUAAUGUAAUAGAAAGUAUACAGAAAAUAACAGAACAAUAUAAGCCUAGUGAAAAAAAAAGUUCAUUUAAAUGUUUUUUUUUUUUUUAAUUAACUUUUCAUUAUUCAGCAGAACAGUGAAAAGCAAAGAACACAUUCAGUUUUCAUUGCAUUAAAUUUUUAAUAAAGCUUUUGUCAAGACAUGAAGUUGAAAGGGAGUGCAGUUAAUCAUUUAUUAUUUUAUUUCCAAUAAAAACUUAUUAAAUUAUUAAAAUUAUACUUAUAAACACACACACACACACACACACACACACACACACACAUAUAUAUAUAUAUAUAUAUAUAUACACACACACACACACACACACAUUUUUUUUUAUUUUUUUUUACUUCAUAUAACUUUCAAUCAAAUUAUGGGGUGGAGUAAAAAUUGACAACCACUUCUCUAUGGCAUUUAACAUCUCUAAAUGUUUUUGUAAUGUCUCUUGUUGUCACAUAGUUAAAAGACAAUACGAACGGUUUUAUAAUGAUUAAGGUAUUUUUUGUUUUUGUUUUGUUCUUUACAUGCAGAUGAGAUUUUAUUUACAUACAAAUUAAAUAUUUGACCUAAAGAGAAAAUUAUGUCAUCUAUACUCACCCUCAUAUGAUUCAAUGAUGAUGAAAACAAUAUAUAAACAUUUUUAAAACAAGAUCAAUUUACUAAACUCAAAGGGGAAAUAAGUGUAUUCUUACCCCACUGACAAAUAGUUUUUUCUUGUUUUAUCCUCAUAAAAACCGAGCGUGACUGCUGUGUGCAUUUCCCUUUUUGAUUUGUAACUAGUAGCACCUAAUAAACAAGCAAAAAUAAACAAAUAAUAAAUAAAUAAAUAAAUAAAUAAAAGUUCUAGAGCAAAUAUUUUACCUAAAACAUUAUGUCCACAUAUGUGAAAUUUUAAAUAAUACCAAGCUAUAGAAAGUCUUUUUCUUUUUUUUCUUUUUUUUUUUUUCAUCAAAUAGUUCAUUAUGUGUCCAGGAGUGUUGGUUAUUCAUGUUUCUGAGAUGUUACAGACAUUAUAGCUGAUUAUCUAUAAAGCUGAAUAAAUAAUUCUGAUUAAAAAUAAUGGCCAGCAUCAUCAAAUCACUGCCAACCAUGCCAACCAUUAUAAAUUCUGAAUCUUAGUAUUGAUUGCCAUUGUCCCAUGUCUGCCAAACAUGUUGAGUGGUCCAAAUAUCAUCUGCAUCCUGAAACUUUUGGUUGGAUUUUAGGAGGGAAUGCACUUAGCUGCAUAGAAAGCUAUAGGAUGCACCCUUGCUCCCUAUUUAGUGAAUGACAACCUCCAGUGUGCUGUCUGUCUGCACUGGUCUCAGAACAGUUUGAAAUGCACCUUAUUUUCAUCCUAACUCCAUUUAAAGCCUCUGAAAACAACAUUUUUCAGCUUUUGGAUGAAUGCACAGUAAAUAUACUGUAAUUGGAAUGCACUUACUAAUGUUAAUGUAUAAAACCGUAUUGUACAGUGAUAACAAAAUAAAAUAUAACAACAUUUAUAUUAAACUGAAGCGAAAUGACCCAAAAAUGUGUUAAUGUUGUAAGUUAUUUUAAAUAACUCACGUUUUUUUUUUAUUUUUUUCAACUUUUGAGGAAUUAAUGUCCUAAAAUCCACAUAUGUGGACAUCAUGUUUAUCAGCGCGCUGAUAUGAAAAAAAUUAAUGGAUUUUUUAAAGUGGCAUAUCAAACGAAACCAGAAACGCUACUCUUUACCCCCAAAAAGGUUUCAAUGAAAAAACUUAAAGAGGUCUCUUACCAGAGGCACUUUUGUUGGCUCUGCGCCCUUAGAAGCGCUUCAAGGAAAUCAACGUCAUGCUGUUGUGUCACAUGAUUCAGUGUGCCAGAAGUUCAACCCUUAAAUGUCAGUGUAGAGUGUUGUGAACAGUAUUCAGUCAGUUUAAAAUAAUUUAAAUUAUGCGUUGUGUAUAGUGAAGCCAAAAUACAACGUCCACACAUGUGGACACGAGGUCACACAAGGAUAAGCAUAAACCCCACAACAUUUUGUUAGAUUUCUCUGAAAACAAGACAAAAUAUAUUUUGUCAUUCUGCUUCUCAAGUAAAUAUUGUCUUAUUUUUCAUAACAAAUAUCCAAGCACCUUUAAACCAAGACAAAAUACUGAGUAAGAAAAUGUUUUUGCAGUGUUAGCCACUUUUCUCCAUGUAAUGAAAGUGGAGGGGGGUGGGUGCUGGCUGUCAGGCUCCCAAAAUGUCAAAAAAGUAACAUAAAAGCUACUAUUGUAAUUAGAUGUAAUUAGUUAUAUCAAUUUAUUAAAAAAAAAAAAAAAACAACAACAACAACAUAGAUUUAAUUAAUAUAUUAAUUAGUCUUCUGUAGCAGAUUGUAGUCUACACUGCAGCUUAAUCUAGUCAACAAACUGCCAAAAAGUAAAAAGUAACAAAUAUUUCACAGAUAUAACUUUUAGAACACAAAAGAAUAUACCAUUUCUCUUGAAGAUUAAUAAUUUACUUGCUAAUAACUGCCUUAAAUAUUUUUGGAGAUUCAAUGCCAUGAACCUCACAAAUCUAGCUACUGGUUUUUCCUCAAAAGUGUUUCUCCUGUAGCUUGUAAACAUAAAAUGACAUAGAAGCCAUUCAGUCAGAUUCAAAUCUGUGGAUUUAGGAAAUCUCUUGCCAGUUUUGUGUGCAAUGUGCAUAGAACUUUGGUGUUUUAAUGUCAAACUUUCAAACAUUAUUUUUUUAUUUGUUUUUAUUUUAAUUUGUGCUCGGGUUGAGUUGGAUUUAAAUUAUGUGCUGUGAUGUAAUUAGUGACAUUAUACAUGUUUUUAACGUCUUGAAGAAUUAUACAUAUUCUGAUUUUGUUUUUAAAAACCAGCAAUUAAGGAAUCUGUUGGCUUCUUCAAUGAAAAAGAGAAAACAAAAUGAACAUAAUUCCUUUGCAUCAUGUAUUGUAAAUAUAUCUUGUAUAGGAUUGUUUAAAAAUACUAUAUGUAUUCAGAUUAAUUGAGAACUCAUGAGGCAUAGUUCUGUGUUUACAUAUAGAAAGAUUUGAAAAUGGUGAAUUAUUGAGGGAGUGUGGUCGAGGGGCUGAUGAAUUCCUUUCUAAAAGACCCCAGCAACCUCUACCAGUGAGAAGAGUGUAUGAAUAUAGUUUAGCUUUAUAAUGCCUGAAAAUAUAUAAAAGCACAAUACUGACCAGAUUUAAAUGAGGAAAGUAUAUAUACACUUUUUUUUUCUUUUUACAUUUACUUUUCACUACAUAUUUUUCCUAGUUUACAUUUUCACAACCUAAUUAAUUCUUAGAAUGAUGAAGUUACAUUUUCAUAGUACAUCAUUCGUAAUUAAUUUAGAAAUAUGUAAUCAUGAUGGAACUGCAUGUAAUACAGUUUUCAUCAAGAUCUGCAAUUACAAUUUAAUCAAAUAGGGAUCAAUUAAGAAGAGAUAAAACUGAAUGCAUCACACUUAGUGAAAUUAUUUUGAAGUUUGGCAUCAAACAUUUUGUACCUUACUAAAACGAUGUCUUCUGCAUUUCUUUAAUAUCAAAAGAUAACAGGGCUAAAACAACAUACCGCAAGUUAAAGCUCAAAGAAGUAAUAGUUAACAUUGAUUCUUAUCUCCCAACCCCUUCAAAGAUCAGUAUGAUCUUAAUAUUAAAUGCACUUUUGAUACAGUAUUCAUAACCAAGGACACGUCGACUUAAAGCAUGCAGUAAAUCAAUCAACACAUAUUUAUUAGCCAUGUUUAGUCAUGCAACCCUAACUCUCAUCUUUACUGCAUGCAGUUCUAUACUGGUACCAUUCAUAGAAAUGUUUGUUUAGAGAGUUUAAAGCAUCAAUCUUAAGCAAAAGUCCCAUCAGAACUUGACAUAAAUUUAUAGUGCUGUACUUUUUGAAGAGAUAAUAAUAUAAUUAAGAAAAAUAAUAUACGUAGCAACUUCUUCACUUGAAGAUCAGCGAUUUGUGAAUGCAUCUCAUUAACAGCCUGUGUGUGCUAUGUAGAGAAAUAGGUUAUUUAUAGUGAUUGUACAUUCAUAACGAUGGUAAGUGAUAAAUAAGUGUAAAAUGUGCUAUAUUAAGGCACUGUUUUGUUCAAGUUGUCACACAAUCAUUCAUAUCAUUCAUAAGUUGUUGUUUUUUUCAGUAUAAGUACAUUCAUUUAUUUUAAUUUAUAUUUUUCUUGUUUAUCCAUGUUAAUUGUUUUCUUUUGCCCACUCUCUCUUUAUAUUUUACAAAAUCAUCAAAGUUUCUAAAAUCUCAUUGGUUUGACUUCAUCAUAAUAAUUAACUGUAAAAGAUACCAUGGUUGUGUACACUAUUAUAAGGAAUGAAAUGAGGAGAACUUGGGCAUUAGGGCUUAUUUUAAUAUACUUCAAAUAAUAAAAAAAAAAAAAAAAAAAAAAAAAUAUUCUAGUUGUAAAUAUGAAUUAUGGUACUAAACAGCCAAUUGGAACCAGAUGUUCCUGUAAAUACGAAACACUUUCUAAAAAUGUGCAAUGUAAUAUUUCUUAACUUUCUGGUUUGUACUUUACUGGUUAAUGCAAAGGUUACUACAAAGCAAUGUUAUGGAAAAUGCCUGGUGACAAAUCAAUAAUGUAAAUACGUUGACUUGCCACUUGCUCACCUUAGUAAAAACAAAUAUUCAUUGUUUCCACUUGCACUUGAUUCUACCGCACUUUUUAUUUUUCCUACUGUAAGGACUAUAAAAAAGAAUGUUUUUCUUACCAUCAAUACCCAACAUGAUCUUUCACUUUCUUUCUUUUUUUUUUUUUUUUUUUUUCUUGUGCUGUCAUUUUACUACCAGUGUUGGGAAAGCUCCUCAAAAAGUAGUCCACUAUAAAUUACUAAUUACUUCAAAACUUUAAUCAGAUUACACUUCUCAUUACUACAUGGAAAACGAAAUCACAUACUAAAAACUUUCUACAUUGCUUUCUAAAACAAAUUUAUUUCCGGCUCAACAAUUUCAAAAUAAUGUAGAAAUUUCCUCAUUGUUCUUUCCCGUACGCAAAUCAUACACCACUUCUCUGCCUUACAAUGACUCGUUAUUGACUCUUCAGCUGUCACAGAAAUGCAAACAAACGUACAUUUGAACGUAAAUCAUGAUUUACAGUAAAUGUAUUCUACAUACAGUUAUUUCGGAAAUACAUGUUACCAAGUGAUGUACUUUAAAGUAAUUAACUUAAUUAAAAGUCAGUAACAGUAAUCCGAUUGCAGAAAUUAAAAAUAAUGUGUUACACUACUUUUUGAAUAAAAAGAAAGUUAAAAACCUAGAUUACACCCAACACUGGUAAUUCUAAUCAGUUUCUCUGCAUUUUCCAUUCCAUCUAAGGUUCAAAACAAAUCAUGAAUUACUAGAUGCCGCAACUAGGCUUUUUAUUGAUAUUAACAUAAUAUUGUGUGUGCGUGUGUGUGUGGGAGACAGAGCCAGAGAAACAAAGAUAAAGGUCUAUGAAUGUGUGUGAGCACUAGUUUCUGCUGAGAGAAAUGCACAGCUGUCAAACACUUGUUCGGUAACUUCUUUGUUUUUUGUUUGUGCCUCCAAUUCUUUUCUUUUACUGUUUUAAUGAUUUUUUAAUAAAAAUAUAUAUUUGUUUGUAAUACUCCUACAAAAGCAGAAACUCUUUUAAAGCUGAAGUGUGUAAUAUCUGCGCCACUAGAAUCACCAAUGAUUUUUGAGAAACCUGUUUGAAAACUGGCCAAUAUGAACAUGCUCCCCAUCUAUCAUUAGUCGACAAACAGUCCCGCCCCAAAUUGAUGUCAUUGUUUGAGUCAAUGCUGCUGUGUCAGGUUGGUCAGAUUACUCAAAGAAAUGGUACAAUGUUUACACUUCAAUCUACGAAUGGUUUACUUGUCUCUGCAAUUCUUACAUUAUAAAAAAAAACAAAAAAAAUAAAAUAAAAAAAAAAACAUGACACUUCAGCUUUUAAAAAAUGUAAGCAUGAUGGCAAACUGACAGUGUGUUUUGUUUUGUUUUUGCACAUGUUCACAGACUAAGCCUUAGCUUCCAUUCACAGAGGAGACUUAAAAAUAUACCACAAUAUCGGAAACCAACAAACCCUCUCUAAUGCCAACAGGAGGGUUAUCAGGAUGCAUUUGUACCGACAGGCAAAAUUAUUCUGUUUAUAAUCUUCAAAAAUCAAAGAACCGUCAAUAAAUACUGUAUAUAACUCUAAAA